AGAUGUAGUAGGCCGGUUCGAAGGUGGUAAAGCCUCAAGCUACAAGUAAAACGUGUUAGGUCCAGAAAAGGAAAAUUAAGAAGCAUAGGGCCCCCCCAAAAAAAAACAUCUUUUUCUUCUUUUGUAGUGAGGCCUCCCCACUUAGCUAUUGUUUAAUUGGAUGGAGAUAACUUUGGAAGUGCAUCUAAUUAUUCAUCAGAUAUUCUUUAUUAAUCAUAUCUGCCUGGUUAGUGAUGGAUAUUGCCUUUGACUCUCCACUAAAGAAAUCUACUUAAUGCGCAGGAUGCGAUAAAACUAAUGUUUUAAAACUCGAUUGAACUAGUCCUGAUCGAAUCUACUAGAUGCUACAUCUAGUAUAUAUUAUUAUUAAUGUGCUGAUGAAUAAAUAAAUGCGACGUAGGUUUUGAAUCGAAUGCAUGAACUAAAUCUGCAUCUUGGAUAUUGUAUAUAUGCGCUUGCGAAAGCAUUCAUAGCAGUACUGUGCAUACGUACACACUACUCUUUGGAUUGAUUAAUGCCACGUAAACAGUUUGUGAUAAUUUCCUGUUCCUACUAAACGCACAAAAUUCGCCAAACACUCACACGACUAAGUUGGCUAUCUCUUUUUUUAAAAGAAAAUUAGGCGAGUGCCAAAUUGUCCCCACCUUACUUGUUAUAGUUAACCCCCUCCCCAAAUUCCCAAAUUACUCUACUCUUUAUCAUCUUAUUAUUAUUAUAUAAGUAACUCCCCUCUAUUAUAAGAGAGAGAGAGAGAGAGAGAGAGAGACGAACACGCAUCAUCAUACGCGCUCGCGGGGAGGGAGGAGCGCGGAUCCUGUUCGGCGACGAGGCCAUGUGGUGGCUCAUCUUCUCCGUGGCGCGGCGGGGGGGGCGGCGGAGCGCGCGGGUGGCGGACGAGAGCGCGCUAGGGCUCGGCGAGGGCGGCGGGGACGGCGGCGCCGGGGCCGGGGGCGGGGUGUGGGGCGGCGCAGUCGCGGCGCUGCUGGCGCUGGCGCGCGCGCCGAUCGAGGCGGCGGCGGCCGCCGGAGCGAUCCUCGGGGGGAGGGGCGCGGGCGGCGCGGCGGCGGCGGAGGCCGCGGCGUGGGCGGUGGGCGGCGGGCGCCCGCGCGCGGACGAGUUGAGCCACCUCAUGGUGCGCGAGAGCUUGCGAUACGUCAUCUACGUGUAGGGGAGAUCUACAAUUAAUUUUGGAAUUUUGGAUAGUGGGGUGGAGGGGGAUGUUUUGACGAUGAAAGAGCAGGGUAAGUUAAAGUGUAGUAUGAAACUAGAGUAAGUAAGUGGAUUUGAGGAUAAGGUGUUUGUCUUUAUGCUUCUGAAGGGGGGGAUGAUCUCGAUCUCCCAUGUACUUUAUUAUAUCGGAUCUCCCAUGUACUUUAUUAUAUCGGUUUGGUUGAAUCUAGUUGAAUACAACACUCGCUAAUACCUCGAUUUAAUGUAUUCCCUUAUCUGUUAAUAUAUUUGUAUCUUCCGGAAA